CAGAGCUCAUAUAUAUGAGAGAACAAGCAAUUGUUUCUUCAAGAUAAAUUGCAUAUUAACUUUUACAAUAACCAAUUACAUAACUUAAAUCAAUAGUCCUCACUUCAGAAAAAUGGGUUCAUCACCAACAAUAUCUACCAGGGUUCCAAUCGUAGACUUCACCAAGGAAGAUGUGAAGCCGGGCACAGAUGCAUGGCUUUCAGCGGCCAAACAACUGUGCAUCGCCCUUGAAGAGUUCGGUUGCUUUGUCGCUUUGUAUGACAAAUUGCCGCAGGAGCUCGAUGAUGCAAUCUUUAGGGCAUCCGAUGAGCUCUUUGAUCUCCCCGUAGAGGUUAAGAGCAAGAACAUCAAUGACAAGCCCUACCAUGGAUAUGUAGGGCAAAUCCCCAUCAUCCCUCUGCAUGAAGGUCUUGGCAUCGACUAUGUUACGAAUAGAGAAGAGGUUAGGAAGUUCACUGAGCUGAUGUGGUCUGAUGGGAAUGACCGUUUCUGUGAAACUGUACAUUCAUACUCGACGAUUGUGGCGGAGCUGGACCACAUGGUGGUGCGGAUGAUAUUCGAGAACUAUGGCGUGGAGAAGCACUACGACUUUCAUCUUGCAUCGACAAGCUACCUCCUCCGUUUCCUAAAAUACAGAGCUCCAAGCACCACGAAUCAGGGUGACAAUGCAAUCCCUCGCCACACAGACAAGACCUUCCUCUCCAUCCUCCACCAAAAUAAUGUCAACGGCCUAGAAGUUAAAACGAAGGAGGGCGAGUGGAUCGGUUUCAACCUCACACCCUCAUCAUUCGUGGUCAUGGCGGGCGACGCUAGCAUGGGAUGGAGCAACGAUCGGAUACGUUCAUGCGACCAUAGAGUGAGCAUGAAAGGAACAAUUACUAACACGAGGUACACGCUUGGGUUAUUCUCGUUCCUCAGUGGCAUUGUCAAAGUUCCGGACGAGCUUGUUGAUGAAGAUCACCCUCUGAAGUAUAAACCAUUUAACAAUGUUGAACUGAUCCAUUUCUAUGCGUCGGCAGAAGGCAAAAAGCAUGAGUACACCGUUAAAGCUUACUGCGGAAUUGAAGCUUAAUCAAAAGUGUCAAUGUCUCCAUCGAUUAAUAAUAAAUGUGUGGGUUUUAUUUGUCUAUGACAAGGUUUGAGAGGUCCGUCCUUUAGCAUGCCAUUACGGAAAUGCUUGCACAAUGUGUUGGAAUAUAACUAAGAUCAUAAUAAAUGUUCUUGUAAUUAAUCUUCAAAUUCGAAUUGAGUGUGCAAACUAAUAAGCAUAUAGUCAA